AAUGGGGUAAGUGGCUGAACUCGCCAUCACAUUGCACUCAGCACUACAACUGCAGUCAUGAAGACUCUGAUCGCCGUGUUGUUGGUCGUCUUUGUGGCAGCAGAGCAGAAACGCGAGGCUGAGCCUUCCUACGGCCUCCACUACCCCCUACCUUAUCCUUAUGGUGUAGGCCUAGGCAGUGCCUACGGGCUCUACCCAUAUGGCAGUCACUCUUUCCUCAGUACCCGCAGCCAUGUCCUUCACAAGCGCGACGCCGAAGCCGAUCCUGGCUACCUUUUAGGAGGAGGUCUUGGCCUAGGCAGCCCCUAUGGCUAUGGAUAUACCAAUAUUAUUUUCAACACUAUCCUUAAUGCCUUAGAAGUCUCUUGCAACUACAUCGCCAUCCUCAUCAACGUUCCUUCGUCAGCACUAGGGGAUUCUGCAAUCGAUGCAAAAUUCUGCGCCUUUUUGUCUGACACUCCAUCCACUCUUUCUUUGUAA